UGUCCUGCAGAGCCCUGAGUUACCUAGCCCUAGCUAGUCUGACACGGCGCGUAGGGCGGGCGGCCGUCACCUCACACCGCCCACAAUAUUUAAAUUACGUUUACGCUAAUAAAUGCGCUUUCAAUGACAAUAAAAUAAAUGUAUUAAUCAAAACAUGUUAUAAGUUGCACUUUAAAAUUUAAACUGUCAAAAUGAAUAAGCUACGAGUAGGCGUGAUAUUUAUUCUGGCCGCGUUGGCGACGGCGACGACGCCCACUUGCGAACGAGCCCCGGCGCACGCGCAGCCAACUGAUACCGCUUACCGUCUCACCGUUGCAGGGGAACCCGAUCUGUUUCUACCCGGGGAAUUGUACACUGUAUCCCUACAAGGAGUGGAUGUCGGUCGUGGACUUACACCAUUCGUUGGGUUCACAAUAUGGGCGGAAACCGAUGAGGAACCACAGACUGCGACUGAAAUCUCCACUGUUAAGACCCCCGCGGGGCCAGCGCUCGGCGGGUUCCAGUCCUACGACGCUCAAACCAAGUCCUUCGAAGGCUGUCAGCCAGCUGUCACUAAUGCUACUGCUCAUCCCAAGACUGACAUUCAGGUGAUUUGGAGUGCUCCCCCUAACGGUUCGGACGCGUGCGUUCGUUUGUGCGCACGCGCAAGUCCCGCUGACUCCGGUUCACCAUCGGUGCUAGCCCGCAAGAUCUGCCCCGCACCCGUCGCACCCGCCAGCUUCGCACGCCAGCCGCCCAUCGUGGAACCCUGCUGCGCUUGUGAUGAAGCUAAGUACGAGGUGGUAUUCGAAGGGCUGUGGUCUCGUAACACGCACCCGCGCGAAUUCCCGCCAGAGGGUGCGCGUGCGCACUUUGGAGAUGUGAUCGGCGCGUCUCACACUGCGCAGUAUCGCGUGUGGCAGGAGGGUCGUGCGGCCAGCGGAGGACUGCGCCGCCUGGCCAAUGAUGGCGCCACCACCGCGCUCGAGAAGGAACUCAAGGCUGAGAGUGACCACAUUCGCACCAUAAUAAAAGCACGUGGCAUAUCCUGGCAACAAGUGGCCGGGGCGGGCAUUCCCAAUACCUUUGCGGUGUUCCGCGUCGACGCUAAACAUCACCUGGUGUCGCUAGCGUCGAAACUGGCGCCGUCUCCUGAUUGGUUCGUGGGAGUUUCGGCCUUGGAGCUCUGCAACGCUAACUGCACGUGGAGCAACUCUGCCACGCUUCCGCUCUACCCGUAUGAUGCCGGAACUGAUAGUGGUAUAACUUAUACGGCACAUGGUCAGCCUACAAGCCCUGUGGCACCGGUUCGCGCGCUGCGUCCUGAUUGGCCGAAAGAUGUGAAGUCUCCUUUCUUCAGCACCACCAAUGAGAUGAGGCCCUUCGCUCGUUUACGGCUUACGAGGCUCCGACUUUAUGAGAAAAGCUGUGACGCUGCUGAAAACGAGCACGCCAAAGAGUCGAGCGGUGGUGCGUGUGCGACGUUAGCGUGGGGCCCGUGGAGCGCGUGCAGCGUGUCGUGCGGCGCCGGGCGCGCGUCCCGCCAGCGGCACUACGUGUGGCCGGCGCGCGCCUACGCCGAGGCGUGCCGCGCGCCGCUGACCGACUACCGCCGCUGCUACGGCCCCAGGAUGCACUGCAGGGCCGUAUCUGAGUACGAGCCGGACCCAGCGGAGUCGACUGGCCCGUGCGCAUUGUCGCCAUGGUCCGGGUGGUCGCCGUGCGAGGGCUGCGGCGUGCGCGCGCGCACCCGCCAUUACAUAGCGCCGCGCGCAUUCAAACGCUGCCAUAUUGGAUAUCGCGCUUCUACUGUGCUCAGUCAGGCCAUGCCGUGCGAAGCUGGGCCUUGUGACAAGCCAGCCAGAGUUAACACCACCGCUGCGAUCAUGGAUUGGUUCUAUAGAGAUGAGACGCACGGCCCGUGCCGCGUGUCGGCGUGGGGCGAUUGGGCGCCGUGCUCGGCGCGCUGCGGCCGCGGCCGGCGCCUGCGCACGCGCUUCUACCUCUCGCGAGACUUCCACGUGCAGCAGGAGAUCCUGCGCAUCUUGCUCCACAAGUGGCAGCGCAGGUUUAACCAACUGCGCAAUAUGAGUUUGCCGGAAAACAUGAGUAUCGCGGAUCCCGAAGUGCAUCGUUUGGCUCAAGAGCAUAUUUCUCGUUGCCAACACACGCUGAACCAGCAGGAGGCGCUGUGUGAUGGUGAAGACGGCAGCUGCGGCCACGUGUCGCCGGAGGUGUGCAAGCUGCCGUUGAUGGUAGGUCCGUGCCGGGGGUACACCGAACGUUGGUUUUUCGACGCCGCGACCAACACGUGCGAACCGUUCGGAUACACCGGGUGCGGUGGGAACGCCAACAACUUCCGCAAUUGGAAUGACUGCAUCGCCGCUUGUAAAACAGACCGCAAUGUGUCCACUACCACAAGUACAAGUAUGGCACCACCUACAACGGAGAUUCCGCCUAAAAAGUUGAAAACUGUGAAGCCGACAGCUAACAACGAGGUCAUUCAAAACGACGUCCCAACGGUGCAAGAGGACGAGAAUUGCGAGACGGGCCCGUGGCUCGGGUGGAGCGACUGUGUCGGGGAUUGCGACGUCGCUUUCAAACACAACUAUCGCUUGGUCCUGCGCCCGGCGUCUGGGGCUGGAAGAGCCUGUCGUAGGCUCGUGCGCAGCCGCGCCUGUCGCCCUUCCGCCUGCCGCCCGCUCAACGGAACUACACACUUAACUUUUACAGAUAAUCCGAAUUACGAUGAAUAUUAGAAUUACCUUUCACGAUUAAUUAGUGUUAAGACAAUAAUAUUGUAGUAAGAAUUUGAAUUUAUAAUCAUGUUCAGUAGCACUUUACAAGGGUUUUCCCGAAUUUUCCAUAUUAAUAAAGUUUUUCCUAUUUAAUAAAUGUAUAACUGGAACGAGAUAUAUCCCUAUCACAUGUUUGUCAUCUAUAUAUGUCAUACUUUGCAUUUUUGAAAAAGAUUUUGGUGAUAGGGUAUUGAAGUGUGAAUGCUGUAGUAACUUUGAAAUAAAGAUAUUAGGCACAA